AAUUGUAUCAUGCAGUACCUACACUGGAUUAGUUUAAGUUUAUUCACACCUACAUAAAGCCGCAUUCGAAAAUUUAACCCGAAGAAUUUUUCAGCGACAAGAAAAUUCGGCAAAAUGAUUAGAAUAUACUUGUGGUUUUUGUAUUGCAUAGCACCAAUCAAAGGUGACUUCUUAAGUGUUUUGCCAGGAUUCAAAAAAUUCAAAGAUUGCAUAGAACCCAGCGAAGAUACAUGUCCAAAUAAAAAUAUAACAUUCCACUUAUAUACAAGGAAUACAACAGACUAUGAACUAACCGAAGACCAAGAUAACUUGCUAAAUGCUCCUUUUAUACUGAACGCGUCCAUUAAGUUGCUUAUACAUGGUUAUACAGGUGACCAAAACUAUUCACCGAACACCGAGCUCAGACCAGCUUACCUGAAGUACCAAAACCUGAACGUCAUAUCGGUGGACUACAAGAGCUUGGUGCGGCCGCCAUGCUACGUACAAGGGGUGCACAAUGUACCACUGGUAGGCAAAUGCACUGCGUCCAUUCUCAGCACUCUGUUCAACGUCCGGAAGGAUAUCAAAAAGGAACAAUUACACGUCAUCGGGUUCAGCCUGGGCGCUCAAGUGGCCAGCCACGUAGGACGGUUGAUGAACUCGACCUUAAAAAGGAUUACCGGUCUGGACCCUGCGUCCCCAUUGUUCAACCCGGGUUUUGUUGGCAACGAUGUGUUGGACAAAUCUGACGCGCUGUUCGUGGACGUGUUGCACACCAAUGCGGGUAUGAAGGGUAAAUACUUGCCAUUGGGACACGUGGACUUUUACGCCAACAACGGCGCCCUUCAGCCCGGCUGCGGCAAAAACACGUCGUGUUGCCACGUACGGGCCGUAGAAUAUUUUACAGAGUCAAUAGAGAGCCAAACAAAGUUCUUGGCACUCAAAUGUUUCAGCUACUCAUUGUUCAAGAUCACAUCGUUAUGUAAUGUGAGCAAAACGUCCCCGUUAGUUGAAAUGGGCGAACAUGUAAACGAAAACGACAGGGGAAUUUACUUCUUUAUGACAAAGAGUAAACCGCCUUAUGCUCUAGGAACUGAUAUAUAUGGUACCAACUCGACAGAGUGAAAAUCCUUAAGUUCUCGAACAGGUUUAAGUGAAGAUUCUAAAAUUGAUGCUGAAUAUUAAUUACUUUCAUCAGAAAUGACAAAUAUAUGAAUCUAUUAAACAUAAAACAUCAAGAUAUACUAAAUACAA